AUGGCUCCUGCUACUGCUUCCCUUGCUCCUUACCCCAUCACCAUCUUUGACAAGGCUUCCAAGUCUUCCAAUGAUGUUGCUGCUGCUCCUAAGCCUGAAAAGUGGGAUAACUUUAAGUUCAACCCUAUCCGUGAGUCCCAGGUUUCUCGUGCCAUGACUUCCAGAUACUUCAAGGACCUUGACACCUAUGCCGAGUCUGAUGUUGUUAUCAUUGGUGCUGGUUCUGCUGGUCUUUCUGCUGCCUAUGUUUUGGCUAAGUCCAGACCCGAUCUCAAGAUCGCCAUUAUUGAGUCUAACGUUUCUCCCGGUGGUGGCUGCUGGGUUUCUGGUGCCCUCAUGUCUGCCCAGGUCAUUCGCAAGCCUGCUGAGAAGUUCCUUGAUGAAGUUGGAAUUCCUUAUGAGGACGAGGGUGAUUACGUUGUUGUUAAGCACGCUGCUCUUUUCAUCUCCACCCUUCUUUCUAAGGUUUUGCUUUUCCCCAAUGUUAAGCUUUUCAACGCUACUGCAGUUGAGGAUUUGAUCACAAGAAAGGAUCCUGUUACUGGCGAGGUCCGUGUUGCUGGUGUUGUUACCAACUGGACUUUGGUUACUAUGCACCACGACGACCAGAGCUGCAUGGACCCCAACACCAUUAAUGCUCACAUUAUUCUUUCUGCUACUGGCCACGACGGUCCCUUCGGUGCUUUUACUGUCAAGAGACUUGCCAGCAUGGGUCUUAUCAAGCUCGGUGGUAUGCAGGGACUUGAUAUGAACUCUGCUGAGGAUGCUAUUGUUAAGAAGUCACUUGAGGUUUAUCCUGGUGUUGUUGUUGCUGGUAUGGAGACUUCUGAAGUCUACGGCUGCAACCGUAUGGGUCCUACCUUUGGUGCCAUGCUUCUCAGUGGUGUCCGUGCUGCUGAGUCUGUUUUGGAGGUCUACGAGACCAGAAAGAAGCAGAAUGAGGCCAGCUACUAA